AUGCUGGAUCACCUUGGCGUGCCCUGGCACAAGGCUCCAGGAGAGGCAGAAGCCGAGUGCGCCAAACUUCAACAGGAAGGUCUCGUCGAUGCAGUGUGGUCCGAGGAUGGCGAUGCAUUCAUGUUCGGUUGCAGAGUUCUCAUCAAAAACCUCAAAGGUCCACCUGGUAAGCCCAAGUGCAAGGAGCACGCAAAGCGCUUCAAUAUGGGCACAAUAUGUGGGUUGAAGAAGGGACUGAACAACGAGAAGCCCAUUACGCUCUUUGCUAUGCUGAUCGGACUCGACUACGUCCCCGAAGGACUUCGAGGUUGCGGGAUGGUUCUAGCACAAAAGCUUGUCAAGGAUGGUGCCCUCGCGGAGGAUUCUAAUUUCAAGAACUUCCCCGAUCUUCAGGCCCUGAGAUAUUGUCGAUGGCCAGUCGUGUCUGACGAAGCCACACUCGAAGCACUCCCGUUCUUGCAGGGUGAGUGGUACGGCACCCACACAACCGAAAGCCUCACAACCAUGAUUCCCUGGCUGCAGCACUAUUUCUAUUCCCAAUGGACUACCAUUCGCUGGAUCAGCAAAUUCGUGCCCAUCGAGGUGACCCAAAAGCUUCUAAGGCGCGAAGCUGGAGCCCGGGGCCUCCUCAUUGCCAAGGUCACACAGAAAAGAAAGGAACGUCCGACAACCUCCGUCCAACUCGAUCCUUUUACGGUGUUCCCAGGUAUCGAGAGCGUCUUCAUUGAGUCAGAGAACAACUUUCUCUUGAACAGAUUGCCCAUUGACCAUAAGUUGGCGGGGCAAGCGAUCGAGAACGAGAAUUUCGAGUUGCUCGACGCGAUCUUGGGUCUUGGUAUGGAGGACUCGGAGUUCCAAGCGUGGAACAAGAAGAAGAUGAAUGCGAGAGUGGCGACUAUGGUACACCCGCCUAUCUCUAGAGCGCAGGCGCCCCUGAUGAAGCGAACUUCCGCUAGAGAGCCUCGAGACAAUAGUCAUGUUGGUCAGGAUCCGUCUCCGCUUGCUAGCAGACGCCCCAAAGGGUUCACCUCGAACUUGCUGGUUCACAAGAAGACCACACCGACGACCGCAAGCCCUUCAGGCCGUUCCCCACUAUCCAAGAUUACAAUGAACGCAAGUCCAGCGAGUCCCACCGCCAGUUUUGGAAAGAAGGAACUUGGAAGCUUCGACGUGGGCCAAAGCAGCAAGGACAUACCAGAAAAUGCACAAUCCCGAAGCUCUGGUCUCCGACACGGUAGUAUUCACAAUCCUGAUGACGAGAACAUCCACGAGGAAUCGGUCUCCGCCAAGAAGAGAAAGCUGGAGGAACCCGUUGCGGAGAACGUACAAGCCGAAGAGACUCCCGGGGCGAGAGCGAGACGAACGAUUCUUGAGAUAGAAUCGUACUCCUCUCAGGAUUCAGUUCCGGCUACCAAGGCGAAAGGACAGAAGAAACGUAAAUCUGCUGUUGGGGAGUCUCUGAAAGGUGCCGCUGAGAAGCGGAAGAGUGGUGGUGGCACGACCGAAGAUCCAUUUGUUGUUUGA